AUGGAACGGGUGUUUGUUCCAAAAGCCGUAUGGGAAACUAUUGCGCUCGAUUUCAAUGGUCCCUACGUCAAAUUUGGUGGCAUUUCGAUACUCGUAAUCGUUGAUUACAGAUCCAGGUAUCUCAUAGCAAGACCGGUUAAAUCAACUACUUUCGAGUUUACAAGAAAGAUACUUGAAGAUGUUUUCGAAAGAGAGGGCUACCCGAAAACCAUCAAAUCAGACAAUGGUCCGCCGUUCAACGGGGACGAUUACAAGCGAUACUGCGCUCAGCGAGGAAAAACUACGAUUUUUUCCACCCCGUUAUUUCCGCAGCAGAAUGGGAUGGUGGAAUCCUAUAUGAAAGUCAUUAAUAAGGCUAUGGCUGCCGCUUCCGCCGAUAAAACGAAUUUCUUUGAAGAGCUACGAGAAGCAAUUAACGCGCAUAAUUCAGCAACUCACAGCGUAACAAAGGUACCGCCAGAAGAAGUUAUGUUGGGACGCAAGGUGAAACGAGGACUACCCCUACUGCAUCACGAGAAAGCGUCGUAUGAUGAAAAGCUCUUUGAAAGUUCCGAUCGACAAUCAAAAAUAGCCGGAAAAACACAUGAAGACGCCAGACGAGGAGCCAAAACAUGUAAAGUGAAACCUAACGACACGGUAAUAGUGCAACGACACACCCGCGCUAAAGGAGAAACACGUUUUCUUCCCAAGCGGCACACCGUAUUACAAGAGAAAAACGGUAACCUGGUGCUUGAUGAUGGGGACGGGCAUGUUUUAAAACGGCACGUAUCGCAAACCAAAAAGGGGCACCAAUGGCGUGACCACACCGUACGCGAAACGGAAAAAUUUCCAACCGAUACUAAAGGUAAUAAGCCUGGCGAAGAAACUGAAACUACUGGCAAUCCAACUGAUGCAACUGCAACUACUGGCAAUCCAACUGAUUGUAUAGUUCAUGAAUCCGAAGUGGUUCAAAAGGAUGUCGCUGUACAGAUUCAGAGCGGCCGCUUCCAGCUCAGCAAAAGUGAAAACCACUUGACGGUUAAAUUCGUAGUGUGUCCGCUGAUAGCGCUCGGGGACAGAUAA